AUUAUUAUUAAUUUAAUAUAAUAAUAUGAAGGUGUUUUCAUUUUCAGCCAUUUCUCUUGGUAUCCUAGCAGCAAGUCAAUUGGUUGAUGCUGAAGUUAUUCAUACAAAAGUGGCCAUUCUUGGUGGUGGCGUAUCUGGUAUAAGUGCUGCACUUAAUUUAACCUUGAAUGGCAUGGAUGAUUUUGUGAUGGUAGAAGCCAGAGAUGUCCUAGGAGGUCGCGCUCAAAAUGUCAAGCUUGGUAACACCACUAUUGAAUUAGGUUGUAAUUGGGUCCAAGGUCUUGGUACAAAUCCAAUCAAUCUACUUCGUCAAAAAUAUGAUCUCAAGACUGCCGUUACUGAUUAUGGAGAUUUGACUUUUAUUGAUGAAAAUGGUAAAAAGGUGAAUGCCACAGCCAAGAACAAUGAAUUUAGUGAUCGUUAUUCUAAAUUGGAAGACAUGGCUAUUCGUCGUUUAAAGGACAAUCAAGUUGAUUUUUCUGGUCGUACCGGUAUGAGUUUGGCUGGAUGGUUCGCAAAGACACCUAUGGAAGAAGCUAUUGAAUACUUUGGUUAUGAUUGGGAAAUGGGAGAAACUCCAGAAGUAAGCAGCUCACUUUUCUCUACUUUGAAUGGUUUAUCAAGUUAUCAAACUGAUUUUGGCCCUGAUUCGGAUGGUGACCUUAUGAAUAUUGAUCCACGUGGUUUCCGUUACAUCUUUUUGGAAGAAGCUAAACGCGUAUUCAAGAAGAAUGACAAGCGCUUACAUCUCAAUACCAAGGUCAAAACAAUUGAAUAUAGCAAGGAUAAAGUCACUAUUCAUACUGAUAAGGAUACUAUUGUUGCUGAUUAUGCUAUCUCUACCUUCUCAGUUGGUGUUCUUCAACAUCGUGAUGUCGAAUGGAAACCUGAAUUACCUGAUUGGAAAAUGGAAGGAAUCUAUGGUUUUCAUCUUGCUACUUAUACCAAGAUCUUUAUGAAUUUCCCUACCCAAUUUUGGGAUGAUACUCAAUUCACUUUGUAUGGCAAUCCUGAUAGUCGUGGUCUUUACUCUGUUUGGCAAAACUUGAAUGCAAAAGGUUUCUUCCCUCAAGGAACAAAAGAUAAUAUCUUCAUGGUGACUGUAACUCAAGAUAACUCCUAUCGCGUUGAAAGUAUGACUGAUGAUCAAGUUAAAGAUGAACUUAUGACUGUACUUCGAACAAUGUAUGGUAAGGAUAUCCCUGAACCUACUGGUAUGAUCUUCCCCCGCUGGCAUUCCAACCCUCUCUUCCGAGGUUCAUAUUCUAAUUGGCCCAUUGGUGAAUUGGAUCAACAUCAUGAAAAUAUGAAAGCUCCACUUCAUAAUCGUGUCUUCUUUGCUGGUGAAGCCAUGUCUAAGAAUUAUUAUGGUUUCCUUCAAGGUGCCUGGAUUACUGGAGGUAAUGUUGCUGCCACCGUCAAUCAAUGUAUCAAGUCCAAAUGUCCCCGAGCUACUUAUUACCCUACUCUCUACAAUGGUAAAGCUAAAGGAUCAAUCAUCAAGCGUGAAGUUGUAGUUUAGUUUUGCUAUAGAUAGAUAUUUAAUUAUUAUUUAGACAUUUC